AGAAUCAAAAGUAACAUCAGCCUGAUCAUUUGAUUAAUUUGUAUUCUGAUCGGUAGUCGUUAAUAGUACAUUAAUUUCAAUUGAAGAUUAUGUAAAUCGUAUUGCAGUCAAUACAUUAUUUAUAACAAAUUUGUUAUUAUAUAUCGUCAGUAUACGUAAUUGAUUGCUUGAGUUUCGAACAAAGUGACAUUACGAAAGAAUUUCCUGAUAAAUCAGUACAAACAACGAUCUAAUUCUGCUCUAUACUUCUUGAUAUAAGUCUGAUAAAGAUCUCUUCCAAUAAAUUUUAUAAAAAUUCUUUGUCUAUCGCCGAAAUGAGAUCGACCAUUAUAUUGCGAACGAUGAAGUUUGUUAAAGCAACACGCCGAUUUCAACGGCGAUUAAACGUUAGAAAUGUAAGCGAUCAACAUUUUGCUGGGAUUGAAGAAAAAAAGAAGAAGAUCGAUAAGAUGUUUAAAAUUGGUUUUUUUGGUGCAGGAAAAAUGGCUCAAGCAUUGGCCAAGGGUUUUAUUAGAGCUGGUUUAAGUAAAGGUGAUAUGAUGCUUGCUAGUUGUCUUCCAAAUGAUGUAGGCAGCAUCGAAAAUUUCAAGGAUAUAGGAUCAAAAACUGUAUUCAAUAAUUCAGCUAUAAUCGAUCACGGCGAAAUUUUAAUUUUAGCCGUGAAACCGCAAGUAGUACCGAUGAUAUUACCAGAAUUAAAGAAUUGUUCAAAAUUAUUACUUUCUAUAGCUAUGGGCAUUCCAAUUUCAAGAUUAGAAAAGGCUUUGCCAAAAGGAACUCCAGUGAUACGAGUAAUGCCUAAUACACCUGCUCUCGUUGGUUGUGGUGCUACAGUAUUUAGUCGUGGUACACAUGCAGGAGAUAAAGAGGCAGAAAUUGUUAAGAAAUUAUUUUCCGCUGUCGGUUUUUGCGAGGAAGUAUCCGAGAACAUGAUAGAUCCAGUCACUGCUCUAGCCGGAUCUGGUCCAGCAUAUGUAUUCAUGAUGAUUGAAGCUCUGGCAGAUGGUGCUGUAAAAAUGGGGUUAAUGAGAGAUCUAGCAUAUAAACUAGCGGCUCAGACUGUCCUUGGUGCUGGUACUAUGGUUCGUGAAACAAACAUUCAUCCGGGUCAGCUCAAAGAUGACGUAGCCUCACCUGCAGGAUCCACAAUAACAGCAAUUCAUCAGUUAGAGAAACAUGGAUUAAGGGCUGCGCUUAUUGGUGCCAUAGAAGCGGCGACGCAUCGAUGUAAAGAAAUUAAUUUAAUUUUGGAGAAAGCAAAGUAGUAAUUGAGUUAAAUUACUAAGCAAUAUUAGAAAAUUGAGAACCAAGAAAUGUAUACAAUCGAGAUGUAUAGAUAAAUCUUGUAACUCAAUUUAAGGAUUUAUCAAAAUUUUAACAUUCGUAGUUAUGAAGUCCUUUUACUUUGUGAACUCUUUCAAUUAAAAAUUUUUUACAAUUGGCAUUUUUCAACACUUUUGAACACUUUU